CUCCGAUAUGGUUUCUUAGCAGGCUUAGGGCAUGAUCAGAAUUAUGUCGCUCUUGCCGAGGGUAGAAGUUCCAUUUUUCUUGAAAUAAAUGUAGAUCUACUUCUGGUACGGUUGUGAAAGGUCAUUCUCUCCUCCCGACCCAAUAUCGACCAAGAAUCAUGCAUACCACAACUUCGUCGCACUCGCCACAAACAACUCUGCCCUUGUCUGGCAAAGUCUACGCCAUAACCGGAGGUGCCAAUGGAAUCGGGUUAGCCACAGCAAAGCUCCUUUCGAGUCGGGGUGCGACAGUAUGUAUCGGCGACAUUGAGCAACGAGGGCUCAAGGAAGCGGAAGCGUAUUUCCGUUCACUGAAUGCGCCCGUUAUGAUCACGAAGCUGGACGUGGCGCAGAGAAGUCAAGUCGACUCUUGGAUUGAGUCAAUCAUCUCUGAGCAUGGACGGCUCGAUGGCGCUGCCAACGUGGCGGGUAUCAUAGGCAAAGUCCACGGCACCGCAGCCAUCACAGAGUUGGAAGACGGUGAAUGGGACCGCAUCUUAGCUGUCAAUCUGACAGGCACAAUGUAUUGCCUCCGAGCAGAAUUGCAGCAUAUCGAAAAUGGUGGAUCGAUUGUCAACGUUUCGUCCAUUCACGGCUCCAAAGGUUUUGCCAAGCAUGCUGCAUAUGACGCAAGCAAACACGCGGUCAACGCUUUAACCAAGGUUGCCGCAUUAGAAAAUGGCCAUCGUGAGGUUCGCGUGAACAGCGUUGCUCCGGGCUCUAUUUACACGCCUUUGAUGCAAAAAGAGUGGGAUGCCAAAGGUAGACCAAAGGACGCGCCGUUCGAUGAGCCUACAGCAUUCCUUCGGCAAGGGACGGCGGAGGAAACUGCAAACGUCAUAGCUUUCUUACUUGGGCCAGAGAGUUCGUUUGUUAGUGGCAGUGUCUAUGGAGUGGACGGCGCAUGGAUUUGA